AUGAAGGUGCAAAAAAGUAGUAAUACGAGGACCAGGUUGAAAAAACCAGAGCUAGAGCCACAUUCCAGCUCAAAUUUGCCAAAAUUCGGUAAAAUUGAAGGAUUUGAGCUUGAUGAGGUGAUUUUCUCGCUUCUGGAUGGGCUGGUUGACACGAACGAAAGGUCUCGUGACACGAUAGUUAAAACUCUGAUGAAAUACGCAACACAUCAGCCGGAUUUUAUUCUAAAGUCUAUUUUGACAUUUCUGCAAGUGCAAAAGACGUCGAUAAAUCAUCAGCAUUCUCUUUUGUGUUUCGUGAAGAGGUGUCUAGUGGAGCUGAAGAACGUUCCAAAUGGCGUAAUCAAGGAGAUACUGAUUUUCAUGCUGAAGGAGCUGAGCUUUCUCAAAAGCUCGGACGUGCGCUACGUGGAAAUGAGGGAGAUCGUGAACACGGCCACGGUUCUGUGCCCAGCCUUUUCAGUGGACGUGAUACUGGCCUUCAUUAAGGACAUUAAGCAAAGCGAGGAGAACUUUGAGGUUUUGUGCAUAUACAUAAGGAUAUUGACGCACCUGUGUAAGCUGGUUCCACGCAACUCGUACGUAAAGAGCAUUUUGAUCUCGAGUCACAUAAUGUGUCUGUACAACAAGGAGAUAUUCAAGGAGCAGAACGCGGAAAUAUGCAAGGAGCUGUCGUCGCUGCUGUUUAACCUGGCGAACAUGCUGACCCUUAAUUCCGCACACAGCCGCUCAAGCCAUGACCCAGGCUCGGAUGGAAUUCAGAGAGCUACCCUGGUGAAGUUGAUCAAUGGAGACGAGUUGGGGCGUAGGCACACGCAAUUGUACGACGCACUUGACCUGGAAGUGGGAAUACAGAACAAGUUUAGAAGUGUUCACAGAGCGCACUUCGAGGCUACCACGAGUGAGCAUUUGUCACAUUCCAAUGCCGCAAGCAGAUUAAUAAGGAAGAUCAGCAGGCCGAGCCUGGAAAACAUAAAGAGCAUACUUGAGCCCCUGUACGAGCUGAUGCUGGACUACUACAUUCCGAAAAUAUAUAUCAACAGCUCCUACAAUAACAUUUGCCUGGAGUUGCUAUACUCGCUGGUCGUGAUAUCAGAGUACGUUUCCACAGAGUGCCUCAGGGAAAACUCGCUGAAUCUGCUCAACUGCAUAAUAGUGAGGUUCCUGUACCACGUUCCGAACCUACAGUUUAACGACAACCUGUGGUUUAAGCUGUACAAAAUCAACUCGACGAACUUGACAAAUAGAUUCGUAUCGUUAUUUUCAAACCUAAAUUUGCUGAAUGGGUUGCCUCCGAAGUUUUUUAUAGUUGGUAUGAGAUCAUAUCUGCAAAUAUUGAGCCAAUACAACGAACAUAACAUAUAUAUUAACUCUUAUAAUCUGUGUAACAUAUUGUUCUCCUUGUUGAAAACUUUGUACGAUAACGCGAACAAGCACCUUCUAUUGUAUCUGCAAUGGUUCUUGUCCGAUAAUGGUAGUUUAAACAAUGAUGCCCAAAAUGAUUUGGAGUUUGAUAGUGUGUAUAUUGAUAACAUAAUUCAGAGCUUGAGGAUACUUUAUAACAACAGUUCCUCGCUGGCAUUGAUUGAGUUUUUGUACGAUAAGUUGAUGUCGGUCACUAAAUCGGAUGUGAUAGUGGCCAUGUACGUCUUCAUCUUCCUGUUUAACGCAAGCGAUGCUGUGUACAGUAGUAGAAUGAGUAGUAUGGUCAGAACGGAAAGCAUGGGUAGUAAUAGUAUUGGUAGUAAUAGAAGUAUUAACAGUAGUAUCGGUAACAAUGGCAGUAAAAACAACAACAAUGCGAGUACCAGUAACAACAUUAUUAACAGUAGUAGAAGUUACAGUAGUAACACGUUGAAAAGAAGCGGUAGCAUCAGUAACGCCUGUAUCACUAGUGAUGGGCACAGCAGAGCUGGAGUCGAUAGCUGCAACCAGCUAAUAAUGUACAGGAUAGUGAACAACAUCAGCGGCAUAUUGAACCUGAAUAUAAACGACAACUACUCGCUGUACAUAAUGAUUAAGUUCGUAAACAUGCUGUUUCUGAGCAGGAGCGUAACGCUGUACUCGACCUUUAACUCCAUGUUCGACAAGGAGGACAUGGAAAGGAGGAAUAAGAAGAUAUACUUCAUGAUCAACUACAUAUUCGAGUAUAAGAUCAACAUAGACAUCAGCAACAGGAUCAACAUGAACAUGAAGUGGUACAACAGUAAAAGCGGUAACAAGUUGGACGUGUUGUUUUUCUACUCGCUGUACCAAUGCAACACCGUAGGAAAGAAUGAGUUGCCGGCAAAUAAGUUUAUAAAAAAUGAGUUGGUAAGCAAUGAAGAGGAGUUGUUUGAACAGUGCGUAGAGAACAUAAUAAGGAGUUGCACUGACUAUUUUUUAGUGUACCUGGUGAAUAAGCUAAUGAAGAACGUUAAGAGGAACAGCCUGACGAUAUUCGAGUAUCUGAGUAAAGUACUUAAGCUGUACAGUAAGCAGAAGGUGAAGAGAGUGCUGAAGCAGGAUGAGCUUUACAAUCUGCUUAUUCUAGCACUAAUUUACAUCCACGACCCAGUAAACUACUUUGGAGAAGCGUAUUACGCCUCGAAGUUGCUGUUUAGGCUCUACGAUACCAUGAACAAUAUUAGCAAUAGCAUGAGCAACGAUGCAUUUAAGCAGAGCUUUCUGUACCCGAAUGACAUAGUGUUGAACUUCAGCAACGUGUCGAAGUUAACGAGGUAUAUGAAUAGUAUACACAAGGUCGAUGGAGCUAGCGUCAUAAGGUGUCUCAGUUCGCUGAUGGAGCAGUUGAAAAAUAGGCCAAAUCUAAGUCGUAACUCGUCCUUCUCAAUAACUACGAGCACCUUUCUGAACCCAGGAUCGACACUGUUUGGAAGCAAUCAAGUCAGUGUGAUGAGAGUGAACGAUGUGGUAAUAGACACGGACUUGUCAACAUUUCAUAACCUGGGAAUAGUGAACGUGAUAUGCACGUUUACAAGCGUUAAAGAGGGGAUAGUUGGAGCUAUAUUAUCUAAUGCAGCUACGAGUGCAGUGACGAACAAGGAGGAUAUGAUGCAAGUGGCAAAUGAUGGAGAACUGGAAGCAGGAGAAGAGCAAUUGCUGUUUUGGAGCAGGAGCCUUGAAAUGAAGUAUAAAAUAUUUAUGCUGAAUGGAAUGAGCAUGAGUAACGCGAUAACCGGAGAAAAUUGGAAGGGGCACUUGAAGAUGUUGGACGAUGCGCUGAUAAGCAACACGCUUAAGGAUUCGUCAUUUUCGCUCUUCGGGAAGACUGCGUCGUACCUGCAGUCGGAAAGAAACAGGCUGAUAGUGAUCUCAGCGCUGACCCACGCAUACAUUCAAGCUGAUACCACUAACAACUCUGUGGGUGAUACGACCAAAGAGGAGAAGAAGCAGGCGAUGGAGGAGUUGAGUGACAGGUAUAAUAGAAUAGUUGCAGUAUUUAACGCAAAAAGAGAUAAGCUGCUGGCAGAAAAGGAGGGAAAGGCGGAGAAGAAGUCAGAAGAAAGAGAAUGUGGGUACGAAGAGGACCAUGAACAUGUGGUAAACAGAUACAUACUGUGUCCAAUGAUUAACAUGUUUAACAACGAUACAGAUGUGAACGUGCAGGAGUGUAUCUUAAACAACGUGUUGCUGAUAGUGAAUCAAGCGUCAUUGAGCAACUUUAGAAUUGACAUUGAGGUGAUAAGCCUAAUGUUUAAUAAGAUGAUAGGGAUAAUGAUGAGGGUGAUUGACGAGAACGUGAAGGCGACGGAAGAAAAAAUUGAACAGAUGUGUGAAAAAAAUGAAAUAUUGAAUGUGGAACGUGUCAAUAGAUCAGUGAGUGAAAAGGAAGGCGCCUUGGCGUACUGCUCAUUCCUGGUCAUGUCGUCAUUCUCGCCGCAUUUUAGAAUGCUGAGAAGCACUAACGUGCCGUACCUGGUCAUGUACUACACGCUCUACUACGCAGACUACUACUUCUACGCCAAGGUGGCAAACUUCGACGUUAAUUUCAGCUUCAGCUACGAGUUCCACAGGUCCUUGAAAAUAUUCAGACACAUCCACUACUACCUGACGAAUAUGUACAAUAAUAUCGCAAAGGGCUUGAAUGGAAUCUGCUGGGACGUGCUGUACAAAAUGACUAUCACGAUACUGAGUGAUAAUAAUAAAAACCUGGACGCCAUGGUGAUUAAGAACAGGUUGUUCAUACUGGUUCAGUUUUUGGACGCGUUUCUGCCCAAUGGUAAAGAUCUGAGGAAGGAUGGCGACCAGAGGGUCGAAAGGCAGCUGGAAUCAGAAGAUGAAGAUGAUUGGGUUAAGCUGGUGAUAUUGGUUUGGUGUUACAUCCUGAAGAUGGGCGACAACAACACCAAAGUGCUGCUGAUUGACAUACUGUACAGGCUAUUGAGUGUGCAAAGUGACGUGAUUAUAGAGGACGUAUAUUUGAAUGGGAUCGAUAGCAUAAAUAGGCUGAUACCGGAGAGGCUGGUGGUAAAGUUCGUGGUUUUUUCAAUGAAUUAUCUGGAAGUAGCCUCGUACGUGUCGAACUCGCUGGUGAAGAUCAUACACAGGAUGAUGCAGCAGAACAUGAGCAUGAUCUCAACGGAGCACCUGCAGGCGAGCCUGGUGGUGAUAUUCAAGAGGUUCCACGAGAGCUUCCACAACAACAACCUGCCGCUGUUCCUGAGGUCCUUUCUGGUCGACAUGUUCAAGUAUAACACGAACAUACUGUUCACCGUGCUGUUCAAGUACAGCCUGAAGUUCCAGUCGAGCGUCAUAUUCAUAAUAAUAAAGAACGACUACCUGCUGCACCUGCUCAUAGAGCACCUGGACAGUCGUAUAAACGACGAGUUGAGCAAGUACUUCCAACUUAGCGAGAAAGUGAGCUGCGGUGGUACUGCCGGGCUAGAGUACUAUGGCAGUGGUGGCGAAACGAAAGAAUUUGAAGUUAAGGAGCUGGAACCAGUAGGGGGAGAAUGCAAAGAACAUGGCGGGAAAGUGAGUGAGGUGUGUGUUGAGAGGGGUGAAUUGGCACUGGAGUACCUGUUGGAGUACAACAUGAUCAUAUUUAGCAACAAAAGCAGGUUGAUCAGCUGCUACAGCGAGUACGUAACUCGGUUGAUAGUGUACGUUAACGUUAUCGAAGCAGUGAGCAGUGACCUCAACGUGUUGAUAAAGCAGAAAAGGACACUUGAGGGGGAGCGCGCGAAAAUGGUGAAGCUGCUGGAGGUGAUAUACGGCAACGCGAUGGUUAGCAGAGACUCUCUGCUCCACUACAGCGUUAAGAUCAUAGGCAGCAAUAGGAGCACCUUGCGCUCGUUUCUCAACUACACGUACAGAGUAAUAUCACUGUUCGGUGAGCCGAUCAGGACCACUGAGGAUUCCGACGAUAUUUGGAAGGAUAAGGGUUUUAGGGAGGCCAGGGAGGAGUUACUGAGGCGAGUUCUGCUUAGGAUACUGGUUGAUUUGAUCAAGUACAGGCUGUUGAAGGGCUACGAUCUCACGGUGCUGAAGAUAAUAAGGAGGUUGGACUCAGACUACGAGUUGAUUUACUACUACUUGAAAAACAUGCACAGGUUGGCGAGGCACUACGGCGCCGUUGAGAACGUAAUAUGCCUCGUGCUAAAGUACAGGACCUUUUUCGCAGACAAAAGGCUCAGGCACGCGUACCUGGUUCUGUACGCGGCAGUGCUGAGGUACCUGCGGGGGAAGCACAGGAGCUUGAACCGGUUUGAGAACCUGAGGUCGUACCUGAUGUUCCCGACUGCAGUGGCAAUGCUCUCGAGCGGCACCAGGAAGCUGGAAGCCGUGAGCUCGAAGUGCCUCAGGUUGUUCUUCUCACUCUCCUUCGGCGACUGGCUUGAUGUGAGCGCCCUCAGUCUGAGUGAGGAAAUACUCGCCGGCUUGAUGGUGCGGGGUAACACCGCGAACAGGUGCCCGUGCAACUGCAAUGCCGGUGAUGCAGGUGUAGGUACUGCUGUUGCCACUAAAGCUAGUCGAACUGCUGGUAUGGGCAAUAGAACUAGUGCUGGUAAUGCUGUUGGUGCUACCGGUAUCGCUACUGCUCGUGGAACCAGUAGCAACCACGGAGUCGUGGGUAUCAAUGGCGACGAUGCUGAUUUGUUUACCGAAAGUGGCAGAGCAGCGGCGGACUCGCACAUCUUGUGUGUUUGCAACUGUUUUCAGCUCCUGCAUAUAUUUUCGCACUUCAUGCCGUCCGCCAGCGCUCAGAAUAAACAGUCCGGCGAGGGUUCGGCUUCAAAUAUAGAGGGCGCCGAUGAGGGCAUUGUCGUGCCCGCGAGCAUAAACGAGGAGUUUAGGAGCAUCAAACGCUCCCAGCUCGACAGGAAGAGCUCCAAGGUGCUCUUCAGCAGCAUCACCGUCGAGGAGGAGGACUUCGAGUUCAUCGACAUCAACGCUUACUACGGCCUGAAGCUGCACUCGAUAAUGCCGCUCAUUCGCACCAGCAGUAGUGAAGACAGGGCGGAGCAUGUCUGCCCUGACGUUCUCACGCUCUUCGACGUCUGCGACUACGCUUUCAAGGUCGGCACUGCCAAGAGCAACUUCAUGUACAACUCCGACUCUCUGGAGGAGUACUUUCAGAACACCGUGAACCGUAACAACCUGAGCCUUCUGCAGCUCAAAAGCCUCAGCUCUAUCGGCAACUCGUUUCUGUUUCUGUCCAAAAACGUCUACAGGUUCAUCACGACUCAGAAGUAUCUUCAGCACAACUUGAUGGACAUCUAUUUCCCCCAGUGCUCCUUCUCGAGCUCCGACCCUGCCAAUGACCGCAACCCCCUGUUCUCCCUCAAAUCUGCUUCUAGGCUCAGCGCUUCUAUGUCUCCGUAUCCCACCUCGCCUUCCUUUGAGGACAGUGUUGUCUUCAACGCCGUCAAACUCUCCGUAUUUUUAAUCACCAGGGCUUCGCUGUACUUAUACAAAUCCAACCUUUGUAGUGACUACGAUUCACCUUUGGAGGACCUUGAGCCUUUCGGCCUUCACAAAAGCCUCAGUGUCAUUAGGAGAAAUCACCUAAUUCACUUUGAGAGUCUCUGCAAUGUAGUCGUAAGCAAGCUUUGCAGGCUGAUAGACGACGUUAAGUUUAAACUGUACGUCUACAGGCAGCUGCAACUGCUCGCGACCAUCUCGCCGCUCUAA